AUGGCCACCAAAGCCGCGGCCACGACCACGCUGCUGGAAGCCGUGGCCUUGCCCUCUUCCACCAAAGCCAGGGUCAAAACCAGGGUUGACGUAUGUGAAUUCGGAUUUACUGGAUUCGAGGAUGAUGAUGUGCCACGGUUGGUUGACUGUGGUCUCUCGACUGCCAACAAGAUCUCGUCCAAGUCCCUAAAGCAUCUGAGCUUGACUGAUUGCGGUUUUGAUUCUGUUAACAGCGUUUGCAUUUAUACCCCAAGCCUGGUUUCACUGUGUCUAGAUGACCUCUGCGAGACGACUCCCACACUUGACAGCAUGCCAUCAUUAGUGAAGGCCUUUGUCCGGAUAACCGAGGAAUGUGCGGAUGUCUGUGCAAAGCUGUUAGACCCAGAAAUUUUGGAUUGUAUCUGCCAAUUGUGCAACAGUUCUGAGAACACUGAUGGCAGUGGUAGCUCUGUGGUCCUAAGAGGUUUAUCCCAAGCUAAGAGCGUGGUGUUGAUUUCUGAACCAGACCAGAUUAUAUUCAGAAGUUAUUUGAGAUGGUGCCCCAUCUUUAACAAUCUGAAGGCUUUAUUUCUCAAUGACUACUGGUGUACACCUGACUUCAACGCAUUAGUCUGUAUUCUUGAACACUCACCGGUUCUUGAGAAGCUUACACUUGAACUGUUUUGUGAGGGACCUAAGUAUAAAAUUGAAAUGAAAGGAAGCUUGAAUCUGAUGGAGCUAUCGGCUAAAAUUUCAGAACACCUUAACAUUGUUGAAGUCAAGUGUCAAGAUGUUGAUGAGAGAGUUCUCAAAGUGUUGAAGUUCCUUUCUACCAUUAACAUAUGUAAGCUAACUUACAACUUUCCUGGUGCUUCUAUCUGA